AUGCAAAUUUCGCGAUACUUUUCCUAUUCGGAAGCGAAUUGGCCUUCAAAAUCGCUGAAUAUCUCGUUGGGACGAUGCGAUUUGAGCCCCGAGGAAUGCAAUGAGCAAUAUCAAGAAAACGGCGCCAUGGUUGAAGUGUUCUUUGAACAGCUCAACUACGAGGUUUUCACCGAAUCCGAAGCGUAUGGGGUCGUGAAAAUGUUGGCCGAUUUUGGAGGUCAAUUGGGUCUUUGGUCGGGCGUCUCUUUCAUGACCGUUUGCGAAUUUCUCGGCCUUUUUUGCGAGUUAGCUUACAUGGCAGCUCUGCAUCAUUACGCUAUCCAUAAGCGGAAAGUUUGGGAAAAACAAAUGGCAAAAGAGAAAUAU